UCACGUUCUGACGUAUCCCGGUAUACCAGGUGUUGGUAUACUGGUGACCCUAUUGCGUAAUACCAAAAAACUAGAACUGGCCGAUAUUAAGAAAACUUCAUUUUGGAUGUUAACGAUAUUUUCAAGCGAAGAAUUUUUAAAUGAAUGGGCCAUGUGCUUUGUGCUAGUUCUGAACAUAUUUAAGUUACUAAAGUCAUUACAACUGAAUUUAGAUGAUUGA